GUGGAGGUGGAGAGCCGGCCUUCCGGGACAGCUUAAGAAAGUUUGCAAGAGGCAGCGUCGGGGCUUUGGACGGAGAGCCAGACGGAGGUAGGAGCGGUGGUGGAAGCUUUCUCUCCUUGCCCUGCUCUUCUCCUGCCAGCCAUGGAGGCCAGAGAGGACCCUGAAGGCGCCGGCUCCUGCGAGGGGGCCUUUGCUGAAGCCCGGCGGUGGGUUGAGGCAGUUACUGGGAAAAGUUUUGGAAACAAGGAUUUUCGUGCCGCUUUGGAAAAUGGAGUCUUGUUGUGCGAUCUAAUUAACAAGAUCAAACCUGGCAUCAUUAAAAAAAUUAACCGUCUGUCAACACCAAUAGCUGGGCUGGAUAAUAUAAAUGUGUUUUUGAAAGCUUGUGGAAAUCUUGGAUUAAAAGAAGCUCAGCUUUUUCAUCCUGGUGACCUUCAGGAUUUAUCGAAUCGAGUUACUGUCAAGCAAGAAGAGACCAACAGAAGAGUGAAAAAUGUUUUGAUUACACUAUAUUGGUUGGGGAGGAAAGCGCACAACAACCCUUAUUAUAAUGGACCACACCUCAAUUUAAAAGCCUUUGAGAAAUUAUUAGGACAAGCCUUGGUAAAGGCUCUUGGAGAAUCCUGUAGCCCUAAAAGAAGUGGAAGGGAUAGCGGUUACGGUGAUAUUUGGUAUCUAGAACGCAGUGACACGCUGCCUUCAUCGAUCAGCCAUAAGAGAGACGAUUCCUUUGAUAGCUUGGACUCUUUUGGCUCCAGGUCCUCUGCAAGUUUCUCAUCAGACAUAACUUUGAAAGGUGGCAGUGAAGAUUGUGAAAGUGACAUAGAUUCCGAAACACACACAAGGAUGAACGAACCCCAGAAAGAUGGCAUGUCAUACCGCAGAGCUGCCUUAAUUGAACCCAAGCCUGCUGCAGAGUUCAAUCGCUUCUUGCCCAACAGAACCAAACCUCCAACGUAUAUGCCAGCACCCUUGAGGAAGAGAAGGACAGAGAAGAAUGAGGACAACAGAAGAAGCUGGGCAAGUCCUGUGUUCACUGAGCCAGAUGGAACAUUUUCAAGUCACCAGAGAACAGCUUUGGAGCGAGAGAUGGAAUGCAAGUCAACAGACAAUAUUCUUUCAGACUUCUCCAACUAUUUUGAGGAGGAGGAGGAGGAGGAGGAAGAAGAAAGAACAAUAGGCACACCAGACAUUGAAACAGAUGACCUUUAUGUUCGUAAAAUCAAUGCUACGAUGUCAAAUGUAAAAGCCUUUUCCCAUAAGUUUCUUCCUAAGUCUUGGAUUCCAGGGGAAGAACUGCACUGGAAAAAAGCAAAGAGGAUAUCUUUUUCGAAAGAAUGGUAUAAGGAGAUACAAGGAUUCAGUAGAAGCACAAAUUCUGAAGAGAACCUUUCAAGAGGCCAGCGACACAGUAACAGCACCGGUAGCCUGGAUGACAGUUGCAGAGAAGACUCAGACUUUAUUAAACAAGUAGCCACGUGUGCUGCAAAAUCAGUACCACAAGCUGGAGAAGAGAAAAUUAAUUAUUCUUCCGAUCUGCCAAGUCAGUUUUUAUUUCUUCGUGCACUGCAAAAAUAUUCUGAUGACUGCUUGUCCUCUGGAACUAGAACCAAAAUUGAUCCUGCUUCAGGUCCUAGGCUUGUUACAUGCAGAAAAAAUAAUUAUUUUGGGCCUGGACAUGAUCAAAGCAACAAUGAAAAUGGAGACUUUUAUCCAGAUUUGGAGAAUGAUGAUUUGUUUGUUCGCAAGACUGGUGCUUCCCAUAUGAAUCUAGUCAUGGUUCAGGAUCUUGAGUAUUUUAGAAAGUUCUAUAACCAAGGUCCUCACUUGGAAGGAGAAAUCGUUCUCCAGCCCAGAGAUGGUGAAUCUGUGAUUCCGGAUUUAGAAAAAGAUGAUCUUACAGUUCGCAAAGCUCAACUACAGAAGAAAGAAGUGUCUUUAUCGGGUGCCCCGGAUAGAUAUCAACCUGCCCUUUUUCCGGAUCCAUGGAGUCUUCCACUAGAAAUCCAGGCUAAAUUUCUUUGUUUGCUUGAAAAGAAUACCACGACAGAUGAGAAAGAAAGUGGAGGGAAGAUCUUAUCACCCUCUUCACGACAAAAGAGGGAUGAUAUGCUGACCCGCAAAAUUGAGAUGUUAAAUGUCGGAAUUAGCAUGCAACCAACUAGCUUUGCUCCAGAAGCAUGCAGCAAAGAAGAUAUGGAAAAAUGGGAAGCAAUAAGAAAGGCCAGCAAAGUCAGACACAAGAAACGGCAAAUGGUUGAAAGGCUGUUACAAAAGAUUUCUGAUGAGCAUGGGAGUAAAUCCUUGAAUGAUGUCAGCGCAGAUGAACUGAAGACUAUCCGCCAACUACGUUAUGAGGAGUUGCAAAAAAUAAAGACUCAGCUACAAGAACAAGAUGAACAAUGGCAAGAUGAUUUGGCAAAAUGGAAAAGCAGGAGGAAAAGCCAUACCUCUGAUCUGCAGAAGAAAAAAGAGGAGAGAGAAGAAAUCGAGAGACGAAGUUCUGAGAGUUCUGAAAGACGCAGCAAAUCAUUGAGAGAAAUGCAGAAGGAAAGGGAAAGUCGAGAUGAAGUGCCCUAUGGCAGCAGUCAGAGGAGAGCAGAACACUGGCGAAUGUAUGAAUCAGCUGAUGAUGUAUUUAGCGAAGAGGAAAUGGCUUCAAGGCAACCGAAAGAUCAAAUGGUUGAAAAUGAUUCUCCACACAGCAUAAACAAGAGUGUAGAAAAUAGCAAGGAAGCUGAUAAAAAAGCAGAAAGCCAUGUAAGAGCUGAGAUGCAAAUUCCACCAAAGAAUAUGACAGAAGAAAAGAGCCAGCCUCCUUUGUCAACCUACUAUUCAGGAAAUGCACAAACUGGGUCAGCUCGGGUUUCAGCUACUCUCCCAAGAAGUUACCAGAAAACUGAUACUGCCAGGCUGACGUCUGUGGUUACACCGAGGCCUUUCGGUGUCCAUUCGAGAGGAAUCUCAUCACUUCCAAGAUCAUUUACGAUGGAUGAUGCUCAAAAAUAUAACGGAGAUAUAGACUUAUCCAAGAAAUCUCAGCCUACGUUCACCAGCCAUUCAUUCGCUAAGCCAGAAUUUGGGCAAAGCCAACCUGCAAGUGAUCUAAGUACAGAGGACAAGAUUAAAACAAUAUAUUCAGAGAAUACUUCUGCUACAAGUCAUGUUGUAGAUACUGAUCAUCCUGGUUCUAAAUCAGAACAUCAGACUACCCUCGACUCAGCUAUAACUGCAUCUUCAGUAGUGGAAGAGAGAAGCCUUCCAGGGACUGAGGUUUCAAGAUUUCAUGACCACUACAGUGAUAUGAGAAUCAGUAUAAACCAGAGACCAGGCAGCAGUCGGAGCUUUGGGUUUGAAAUACAGCAGAAUCCUUCUGGAGUCUUUGUAAAAUCAAUAGAAGAAGGUAGCCCUGCAGACUUUUGUCAGUUGAAUGUUGAGGAUGAGAUCCUGUCCCUCAAUGGUGCAGAUGUUUCAUGCAUGGACCAAAGCCAGUGGGACACAGCAAUCAAAGGUUCACUAGAAACAGGAUCCCUUGUCAUGGAUGUCAGGCGAUAUGGAAAGAAGGACUGGGGCAAAGACCAGCCUUCCCUGCCAUAUGCAAGGCACAAAAUCCUCAAUCUGACCAGUAUGGCUACCAACAUUGUAGGUACACCUGAAAACAAAUGGAUAGAUGCAACGUCUGGAGACCACACUUCACCCAAAAGUCAAUCAUCUCAGAAAGACUCUCACAACAAUAUCCAGAAUGAAGCUUCAGAAGCAAAAGUCAAUGGAUUGCUAGGAGAUACCAGUUCUAAUGAGCAAAAAGACACAGAACCUAUUUCUUUGAAAAACUUAAAAAGACGAUCACAGUUUUUUGAACAAGGAGGCUCAGAACCUGCAAUGCCUGAUCUCCCAGUCCCACCCAUCAGUGCCCCUAGCCGCUGGACCUGGGAUCAAGAAGAAGAAAGAAAAAGGCAGGAGAAGUGGCAGGCAGAACAGGAGCGCUUACUUCAAGAAAAAUACCAGCGUGAACAAGAGAGGUUGAAGGAAGAAUGGCUGAAAGCUCAACAAGAGGCAGAAAAGGAAAACAGCAAAUAUUUAAAUGAGGAGCAGACUAUAUUGCACUCAAAUACAGUAAGUGCACAGGAACCACCUGCUUUCUCAUGGGGGACAAAUGGAAGUGACAAGAACGAUUAUUUUGAGGCCAACAGAGAAUGGGAAGAGGAAAGAGAACAGGAGAAGAAGGAAAAAGAACUGGCACGUCUUGAGGCACAGAGAUUGCAAGACGAAGAAGAAGCAGCAGCAGCCUUGCAAGCAGAACAAGAGCAGAAGCUCCAGCAGUUGCAAGAAGCGGCAACCUUGCAAGCUGAGCAAGAAAGGAAGCGCCAACAGUUGCAGGAAGCGGCAGCUUUGCAAGCAGAACAAGAAAGAAAGUUCCAACAAUUGCAAGAAGAGGCAGCCUUGCAAGCAGAACAAGAGAGGAAUCUCCAACAGUUGCAGUCCAAGAAAGAAUAUAAUGUAUGGGACACGGGAUAUGGUGUGGAGGGAUUGAAGUAUAAAGAAGAGGCAGAACAGAAACCACAAAUGGAAAAAGCCAAAGGCAUUACAGCACAAAGGUCCCAGUAUCAAAGGCAUUAUGAAGCAACAAGAAGUAUCGAUGAGCAACCAAGUCACUUCAAUGCUGACAGAAAUAAAUCCCGAUCAACCACAGAUCUAGAUGAUCAUCAUAUCAAUAGAAAUGGUGUAAAGAGCAAAUUUUCUGAGCAAUCCUGGAAUACUGGUGACUCCCACAAAAGGUCUCAGAAAGAACAUGGUCUGUCACCAGCAGAGCAGGAAAGACAGCAGAUUCUUCAGGAAAUGAGAAAGAGGACACCCCUGCACACAGACAACAGCUGGAUUAGGCAGCGCAGUUCCAGCAUGCACAAAGAACCUGUUAGUCUAUCUGGUGGUAAAAUGAGGAGAGGUGAGAGUUUAGAUAAUCUUGAUUCUACAAAAACAACCUCAUGGAGACCUCAUUCUUGGAUGGGCCAGUCUGCCUCUUCAACAUCUUUAUCAUCUAGUCAAGAUUUUGGUCGCAAUGUGCCUCCUGUGGUGUCCACUUCAAAUCGUGCCUACAUGCGCACCCCCGCUUCCAGUCUGCCAUCUCCUGCCACCAGUUCUAUGAAAAGCUCAUCCUUGCCUCAUAUUACCCCUUCUGCACCAUCUCCUGUUCCCCAUGCUCAGUCAUCGACUUCAGGUUCUCAGUCUGGAACACAACAACGCAACAGGUCGGUCAGUGGAAAGCGAACGUGUUCAUACUGUAGAAACGUUCUCGGCAAAGGAGCCGCCAUGAUCAUCGAAUCUCUUGGUCUUUGCUAUCAUUUGCAUUGUUUUAAGUGCGUUGCAUGCGAAUGUGACCUUGGCGGCUCACAGGCUGGAACAGAAGUCCGUAUCCGAAACAGCGAGCUCUUUUGCAAUGACUGCUAUCUCAGAUUUAAAACCGAGCACCCAACCAUUAUGUGAUUCAAGCCCAAACAUGAAACCACUGCUACAGAUAGAGGAGGAAGCUGCUGCUGUAGAUCUAUAAAUACAUACUGUGUGUGGUUUUUAAAUAUGUUUUCCUGUUUAGAAUAUGUAGAAGAUCCUAUGUAUCCUUCAUUAAACUUAUUUUGUGCUAUUUAUGAGAACGUAAUCACCAUAAGAAACUCUUCAGGAUUAAAGAUACAAAAUGCCUAAGUUCCAUGAACAACCCUCAUCCUUUUACAUAACAGGAAUGGAAACAUUUAAGUGGUAAUCUCAGAAUGUUGGAGCUGAUGAAAAACAAGCUUUAAUUUUCCAGUUAUAUAUUAAGAUGCUAUUUUUAAUGCUGUUAAAUGAGCAUCAUUGUGAUAAUACGAAUUUGUAACCGCAAUUUCUAUUUUUGAUGUAUAUGCUAUAGAGUUCAGCAGAAUAUUAUGAAAAUGGCAUCAAAAGGCACAGAGGUGGUUGCUGUCUAUAUUUCUAUUUCCAGGUUUAAGUAACAUUAUCCCUUUAAAACUAAAAUGUCAAUUUCAUUCUGUUUGCUUGGGGUUCAGUAUUUCAUUGUACUUUAAUACUUUAAAUCCAAUGGGGGAAAUUAUUUGUGAAGCAUUUUUUUUUUGGUUCUAUGUUUGGAAAAUGUAACUUACUUGCACCUCAAACGCGGUAAUAAGACUGAAGAUUUCCCCCCUUCAUGUUGACUUAUUUUGUAUUUGUAAAUAAAGUUGCUGAUGCUGCACUCAAAA